CCUUAUAUAAGCCAAAAACCAACGCUCUCAACCAUCUCUCUCUCUUUCCCCUCUCUCUCUCUCUCUCUCUCUCUCUCUCUCUCUCUCUCUCUAGAACCAGCCAUGGACGACUCGCCCUUACCUACAGAAACCUCGCCGGAGCUCGAUCUCGAAAACCUCAGGGCCCUCAAAGUCUUAGGCAAGGGAGCAAUGGGCACCGUUUUCUUAGUCCACGACCCGUCCUCUGACCCCUCCGCCCGCCGCCCGUUCGCUCUCAAAGUCGUUGACAAGUACUCGCUCCGCUCCAAGCUUGACGCCGAGCGCCGCGCCCGUUGGGAAAUACAGGUCCUGACCCGACUAUCCGCCCCGAUCCCGCACCCGUUUCUGCCCUCCAUCAUGGGGUCCUUCGAGUCCGACGAGUUCAUGGGAUGGGCCGUCCCUUACUGUUCCGGCGGCGACCUUAACGUCCUCCGGUACCGGCAAAACGACCGCGUUUUUUCCCCCGCCGUGAUCCGAUUUUACUUGGCGGAGAUCGUUUGCGCGCUCGACCACCUCCACAGCAUGGGAAUCGCCUACCGAGAUUUAAAGCCCGAAAAUGUCCUCAUCCAGCAAUCCGGUCACUUGACACUCACAGACUUCGACCUCUCGAUUAGCCUCAAGCACCGGACCGCCAAGCCCAGCGACUCCGUUCCGGAAAACGACGUCCCGGAGAUUCGCCGCAAACACCGGCGGAACUUGACACGUUGGAUCACGAUUAUAAACGACAAUCACAAGAACGGCGGCAGCGGGAAGGGGUUGAAGAAGGCCAAGUCGGCCCGAGUCAGCCCGAUGAGUCGACGGAAGCUGAGUUUCUCGGACGGCGAACGCGCGAACUCGUUUGUCGGAACGGAAGAGUACGUAUCCCCCGAGGUGGUGCGCGGGGAGGGCCACGAGUUCGCCGUUGACUGGUGGGCCCUCGGAAUUCUAACUUACGAGGCGUUGUACGGUACGACGCCGUUCAAGGGGAAGAAUCGGAAAGAGACAUUUGGGAACGUCCUGACGAAGACGCCUGAGUUUAUCGGGAAGCGGACGGCGCUAACGGACUUGAUCGAGAGGCUGUUAAACAAGGACCCGAUCAAGAGGCUAGGGUACCACCGGGGCGCGUGCGAGAUCAAGGAGCACGAGUUCUUUCGCGGGGUCCGGUGGGAACUGCUGACGGAGGUUUCGCGGCCACCGUGCAUUCCGUCGCGGGAGGAUGGUGACGUAACGGAUAAAACAACGGCUGGAGGGAGAGUGAGCGUGAGGGAGUAUUUUCAAAAGUUACGGUCUCCCCCCUCGGUGCCGCCAUCGCCGGAUUGUCAACUAACGGAGUUCUGACGCACUUGCGUGAGUUUGCAUGUGUAAGAAAUACGGUAACUAAAAAAAGUGUAUCCUCUUUGUAUAGUAUAACGGUAGAUGCCCGUAACUUUAAAUAGCAAUAGAUUAUAGUUAGCUAUAGAUUCCAAUAAAAAAAAAGCAAGAGACUUGUACUAUAUACGAAUUCAAAACGGUGUAUAACCUUUUUUCCCGGGUAAUUUGGUACUCGUUCCACGGCGGCGCGUGUUUGCCAUGCUCUCAAAUUUUUGUUGUUGCGGAAGCGGAAUGAAUAAAAUCUCAUUAAUCGAA